CGAACCCAGCAGCGGGUCUGGGAGGGAGAAGGGACUGGAGUGGGCCUCGCCUCUCCGAGGGAUGGAGGGGACGGAGGCGGCGGCGGCCAAACCCGCGGGCGGCAGCCCCCAAGGGCCCAAGACAGGGAGUGGAGCAGCCAGGCCCAUGGAGAGGAUCUCGGCUGUGGAGUGGAGUGGUCCUGAGCCACAACGGGAUAAUGGACACCCUCCAAGACCCUGGCCUUGCCCUCAGGAAAGCAGAACCUCCAGCCUGAUGGCUCCCCAGCCUCCCAGGGUAUGGGGGACACAGCUCCAAGGCCCCUCUGUGCUGGAAUCCAAGGUGAGGGCUUUGAAGGAGAAGAUGACAGGGGGCAAACAGGGAGUCAGUCCCUGUCCCACUUCCCACGAGUGGUCAUCCCCCAAGAAACCCAAAUGCAGACAAGGCAAGGCAGGGGGAGCCCGGACUCCGUCAGAGGGGUCUUUCCUGCCAGGUGCUGUGGUGGCUCCUCAUACCCAGAACCUGCCUGAUGGGCAGCUGGACAGCGGUGUCAGUGAGGAGGAACCCGCCAGGGAUGGGGACCCCAGGCCUCCCAGGCCACCUGGCCCUGGGCGUGAGUACUGCAACAGGAGGAGCCCGUGGCCUCCAGAGGCCGAAUGGACACUGCCCGACCAUGAGAGAGGUCCGCUGCCGGGGCCCAGCUCUUUGCAACAGAGCCCCAUCCAUGGAGUUACUCCUGGACAAUCCGGGGGUCCUGGUCUUUGUAACAGAACCAUCCACAUUCCCAGCCCAAGGACAGGAAGGUCCUACCCUUUUCCAGAUGACGUGGUCACAGAGGGAGAUCUGGACAGCACAUCCCUGACCUCCGAGGAGGACUUUGCCCCCAGGACAGCCCUUCUGGGGGAGCUCUGGAGAGCUGGAGACCUGCAGACUCUGGGCGCUGGGAGCAGCACCUUGUCCCUGUCUGACCGGGUGGAGAGGAACCGCCUGUUGCUGCAGGAGAUGCUCAGUGUUGCUGGGCAGAGCCCCCACAAGGUGGAAACCCCCGCCUGGACUCCAUCCUGGGACACAGCUGCACCAGAGCGACCCAUGGGGGAUGUGGACUGGGACUCAGCCAUCUCCCUGCAGGACUCCGGCCAGAACAGGUCCUUUGGUCCCAAGCCGGAGCCUGUGCUGAGCCCCAGGCAUGAGGAAGCCACGCAUCUGCUGCAGAGUGCCCGCAUGAAGGCCAGGACCCGGCCCCUUCGUGCCAGCCAUGACAUUGUGCCCACCAUUGCCCAGGGCAGCCGAGAUGGCCACAGAAGCCCAGCCCGGGACCCCAGGAUGACCCUUGCCUGCAGAGACAGCCUACAGAACGGGCACACGAGCGACUCCUCCAGUGGAGAGUCCAGCGGUGGGCCGGGGCCGAGGCCGAGGCGGGGCCCCUCGCCGUCGCACGUGCGCUUUGAGGAUGAGUCCGCCCGCGAAGCCGAGUGCCGCUACCUGGAGCGGCUGCAGCAGCGCCAGCGCCGGGUGCUGAGCACUGUGCUGCAGGCGGCGGACCAGGGCCCCCUGCGCUCCAAGCCCGACCUCGCUGACUACAUCAACGGGGCCCCCCGGCUCCGGGACUCGGGGCAGGGGGCAUUCCACCGGCUUGUGAGCAGCCUGGACCGCAGGGGCCCCCCGGCGGCGCCCGCACUGGGCAGCGAGAGGAGGUGCCAGGCCUGCGGCAGCUGUAUAAACAACCCGUGGCCCACCCAGGGGAAGGCGCCCCCAAACCUCAGCGCCCUCCAGGAGCCCCAGUCUGCCCAUGGGAUGGAGGGGUUGCUGGGUGGUCUGAGCUCCCCACUCCGGCUCCUUCCUGCAGAGGCCGGGCUCCACACAGAAUGGAUCCGGGAAACGCACAUCGGAGACACCGUGUACCCUGCAGACGUGCACUCUGCCCUGGACAGCACGACCACCUCGAACAGCUGCAGGACCGACAGUGAAGAGGCGGGGACCUCUCAGGCCGGCGAGGCGUGUGGGCGGACCCGAGGUAGCAGCCCGAGACUGCGGCUGCGGGGCUCCAGGCCUCGAGGACACAGGUGGCCCAAGGCGGCUGACAAGGAGCUGCCUUGGGGCCUCCAGGCCCGGCAACACCUGCCUGGGGCUGAUGAUGUGGAGCUGGGAAAUGAGGUGAAGGAAGAUAGAGGACACGCGGCUGGGGGGACUCUACUUUUGAGAGAAGAUGCUGUCCCUAAGCCUCCCGGCCUGGAGUUGAAGCGGGCGUCCCUGGGACCCCAGUGGCAGCCUGGACCAGGGCUGGGAAGUCACCCGUCUCACUCUUUGGAUUCUCGGACUCCAUGCAGGACAGCCUAUGCGACCACCUCCCCCAUGACGCCCGAAUCAUCGGGGCGGGGCGGCCAGGCCCAGGUUACAGGAAGCCACGUGUCCCUGGAGGUUGUCUCUCCUUCCUCCCUGCAACAGAGCCCUGUAGAGCCUUCUGCCCCGCACCAAGCCCAGCAGCCAACAGCUUCCUUUUGCCCUGAAGGCUGGGCGCCAACCCCUCCCCCUUCAAGGAAAACCACCUCGCCCACAUCUCACAGGAAGGCAGCCCUGGCUGGAUUGCGCAGGCUGAGUGACCAGGGAGAGCCUGUGGGUAUCCCCCAGCCUCCUUCAACAAGUGCAGUUCUCAGGACCUGUGAGCUGUCCCCAUCACAGACCCAGCCCAGCUGCCCUCAGGUCAGGCACCCACUGCUGGCCCUGUCCACCAACAACUGCAACAACAGCGCACCUCGGGGGCCGCAGGAGCCCUAUGGGGGAGCCAUCCACGAGGGUAGGGUGGAGAGGGGCCCCCGCAGCCGGGAGCCGGAGCCACCCCUGGAGAACAGCAGAGAUGGAGGAUCCCAGGGCUUUCCCGGCUCAGCAGAUGUUGACACCAUCAACUCCACAGGCAUCACCCUCUCCCUGUUCUCAGAGGACCCAGAGUUCAGCCAGGAAUCAGAGGGAAGCCUGCAGAGGACAGAGUCCGGAUCUGGAGGACAGGUGCUGUUGAAAGCAUCAGCAGGAGCUGGCACAGGACCCGGCUCCCCCUUGGCUGCCCCUUCGGACCAGAACAAGAAAAGGAGCAGCAGCAUCGCCUCCACCUUGGGGCUGAAAAAGCUCUUCUCAGCCCUGAGCCAGAGUUCCCGGCCCAAGCUGGGCAAGUCCCGCAGCUACAGCGUGGAGCAGCUGCAGCCUGCUGCGCCCCACCUGGUGUCACACUCCAGGGCCCCAUCAUUACAAUCCCUGCACUCGGUGUCACCCUGUCACCAGCGUCGGAAAGCUGCCUCUUUCCAGAACCUCCAUUCUCUGCUGAGCGGCAAGGGGGACCGGUCCAGCCUCUACCUGGUAGCGGGGCCAGGGGACCACAGUGCAGCUGGCAGGCCGGCCAGGGCUUCACCACGGCGUGCCCUCAGUGUGGAGGAUGUGGGUGCUCCCAGCCUGGCUCGCACGGUGGGCCGCCUGGUGGAGGUGUUCCCAGAUGGCACCAGCCAGCUACAGCUGCAGCGCUCCCCGGGGGGCACUUUCGGCUUCUGCGUGGCCUCUGGGAAUGGGCGCCCGGACUCAGGUAUGCCCUCUCCCCUUCCUCAGCCCCAUGGCCGGGGGCGGCCUUAGCAAACCACAGCAGAGCCUUCUGGCUGUGGUCAGAGGCUUUUCUGGUCCUUGGCUAAGCGGGGGAGCUCCGGGAAUUCAGAAAGCCUCUGACCACAGGACUAGGCUUCUCCGCCCAGAGGCUCUUUCUGCAUUGUCUGGGGCUGCCCAGGAGUCUGUGCCUGCAGAGCCUUUGCCCUGGGCAACUGCAGCUGAGGAAGAAGCUGCGGCUGGUGGGGAGUGUGCAGGACAAGGAAGCGUUUGCAGGUUUGACUCCACUGUCCCCCUGCUGUCUGAUGACAUCUUGAAAUUAGAAUCUUAGGCCGCGAGAGGUGGCUCACACCUGUAAUCCCAGCACUUUUGGAGGCUGGGGCGGGCAGAUCACCUGAGGUCAGGAGUUUGAGACCAGCCUGGCCAACAUGGUGAAACCCUGUCUCUACUAAAAGUACAAAAUUAGCCAGGCGUGGUGGUGCAUGCCUGCAAUCCCAGCUACUGUGGAGGCUGAGGCAGGAGACUCACUCGAAUCCAGGAGGUGGAGGCUGCAGUGAGCCGAGAUCACACCAUUGCACUCUAGCCUGUGCAAUAAGAGCAAAACACUGCCUCAAACAAACAAAAGAAAGAAAGAAAUUAGAAUCUUGAAGGCCAUCUUUGCAGAGAAGAGCCAGAGAGAAACUGUCUGUGCCUGCCGUUCUCAGCAGUCCCUUUGAUGUGGCUGCUGUGUUGAAAUAAUUCCUUUCCUCCGGCUGCGGAGUGUGUCUGGGCACAUACUGCCUGUCUGUCUCUGCACCCCGUUCCUCCCUCAGGCCUGUGCCCGAGGAUUCUGUUCAGAUGAAUCCUGGCUGCAGGCCUCUGGCUGGGGUGUGCUCUGGGUCUCGAUUCAACCCAGGCAAGGGCAGGGAGGAGUCCUGGAGAUCAUUUUGCACUCUGGCCAGUUCUCAGUUCCGCCCCAUCCAUGAGUCUUUCAGGGCAAUGUGGCGUGCCAAGGCCCACCUUCAAGGUCUGUGGUCCAGAAUGCAUCUCAGGGCAAGGGCCCAUGAAAGACUCCCCAGAGGAGAAGGGAAGGAAGACAAGUAUGCAGGGAUGGGGAAGAAGAGGAGGGGAAGGAAGGAGAGAGAAAGGGAGAGACAGAUACGGAAAGGCACGUGCAGAAGCCUGCUACAGCUGGGCUCUGCUGAUGGGGGGUUGAGUCCCAGGCUUUGAUCUCCUAGGUCAAUGCUGUUUAGCCUGGAAAAAAAUCUGCCUGCUGCCACAUUUGCAGACUGCAGCAUGAGUUCUCAUGUCUCUUCCAUCAUGCAUUGUUUCAGCAAAUAUAUACUAAGCACCUACUAUUUGUUAUAGAUAUGGGGUAUACAGCAGUAAAUGCAACAGACCCAACUUCCUGUCCUCAUGGAUAUACUACCCAGUGAACAGCUAGACCGUAUCUAUAAAACGUGUACUUUCGUUAUGUGUAAUGUGCUACAUAUGUCAGAUGGUGAAAAUAAAGUUCUGAGAAACAUACAGAUAAAGCAGGUGUGGCAGAUGCUGGUGCAGACAGGAGUGUGGGGAGGCUUUUCUGAGAAGAUGAUACUUGAGCAGGGGCGUGGAUGGGGCGAGGGAGGAGCCCAUGGGUGUCUGGGGGAAGAGUAUUCCAGCAGGUGGAACAGCAAGUGUGAAGCCCUGGUGGAGGGGUGGCUUGGCCUGUGAGGACUGCAAGGAGGCCAGGCUGGACAGUGCAGAGAGGGCGAGGGGUCGGGAGGAGCAGAGCUUGGAAAGACAAGGCUGUGCCACUGUAAGGGGCUUUGGCUUUCUGCCAAGUGAAAUGGGAGCCACUAGAGGCUUGGAGCGGAGCACUGAGACCCUCUGAUGUACACUUUUAGCAGGGUGAGAAUAUACCCCAGUGGGACAUAGGUGGAGCCAGGGAGCCCCACGUGAAAGCUAUUCAGCAGUCCAGGACAGAGAUGGUGGUGCCUGAGCUGGGAAUGGCUGUGGAGAUGGGGAGAGAGGUGAGGAGCUGGACUCUGGUUGAUUUGACUAUUUGCUGAUGAGCUGGACAUGCAUGUGAGGGGAAGAGGACAGGUCUCUCCCCACUCUGGAGCUCAGGAAGGUAAAACGUCUGUCCUCACGGGCCUUCCCGUAGCCUCCUCUCCUGUUAGGCGAGCAGGACAGGCCCCUGGGCAGGCGGCAUAGAGGCAGAGGUGGCCAAUGCAGCAUGUUUGUGCUCCAGCACCUCUGCUGGCUGUGUGACCUUGAGCAGGCGAUAUCCCAGCUGAGCCUCAGUUCCUUAAUCUGUGAAAUGAGGAUGACAAACCUACCUAGAAGAGUCAUAAGGAGCAUUCAAGAAGGCACACAGGAGAAAAGGCCUAGCAUUUUCUCUCCUUCCCUUCAGAAAGAAAAAGUCUGUUUGGGGAAGAGAAGCGCAGACAGGGCCCAGGGUGAUCCGCACUCACCUGUCAUUGUGAGUGCACAACAGGGCUUAUACCCGGCCCCCAACUCGCCCCAGAGUCCCUGUUGGCUCCCUUGUAGGCAGUGGGAGCCCCUCCCUGUCACCUGUUAAGGAGGUCUGCUGGGCAGGGGUCUCUAGUGACCCAGGGUCCCUGGCCCCCUCGCUGGGUUGGUGCCAGCUUUCCCUGUCCUGCCCAGGCACUCCCUGCUCCUGCUGUCGUCGUAUUAGCUUGCUGGCGUUCAUAUCUGACUCUAUAUGAGCCUGUGAGAACAGCAGGCUUUGCCUUCUGCUUCUAAUUGGAUACAACAUAAAGAUCACACAUCCUCAACAAAGGCCAUUUCCAGCAGACAAUAAAUGCCUACGACAGCAGGCUCUCUGUCAUAUUUGUGUCGUGACUUUCAGGUUGUGAAAUCUACCCAUCUCCCCAAAAUGGCAGGAGUGACGUCAGUGCCUGGCCUGGCUCUGGCUGCAUUCUUUCAGGGUUUAUCAUUAUUCCCCACCUGCAACAACUGCUGCACAUCAGACACUUCUCUGGGUUUACCCCAGGCGCCCCUUCUUACCUGCCCCUCCCCGCGCCACCAACUCGUAAACAGGGAGGACAAGCAGUAAAAGCUCCAGCUAGAGGAGGUAAAAGACAAGGCUGACGAAAACGCCCUGUGCAGCCAGGAUGGCAGACGUACUGUCAGGGGAGACAGCCCAGCAGAAAAGGCUCAGCUUGGCCAAGAAGCAACAAAAGGGAUUCCACACCUCAGCCCGGGGAGGGGGAAUGUACACCAAGAUUAGAUUUGCUAAAUUCAGAGCCCCAAACCUUCAGGUACCUCAGUGAAGGAGGAGGUAUCAGUGCUUUUCCAAACCCACAUUUCAGAGGCAGGCUUUAAAAUGCCUGACUUCUGUCAGGGCCAGAGGCUGGGCUGCCCAAAGCCCCUCCAGGGCUGGGGGGACCCGAGAGACGGCUUUCCACCAGUCCAAGAUGCGGUGAGCAGUGUCAAGCCAGAGACUGAGGUACAGACCUGCCGCCCUUUUGGGCCCCUGCUGAGAACCUGAUUCGAGAAGGAAGUGGAGACGGUAACGUGUGGGCAGUGGCCUCAUGCUUUUGAAAUGCAGAGUGAGCCGAGCUGGGCUGGGAACAGCGAGGGUGCCAAGGCUGCACUGAGCGGCCUGGUGAAUUCUGCCAGUGCUGGCGGCCGCGCCAGGUGCGUGCCCUGCAGUCCUCCAGCAAACUUGGCUUGUGUCUCAGCCUGUGUGUGCACCCGGCACAGAGCAUGGGCAUCAGGGGCUCCAGCCUGCGCUGGGAGAGCUGGCACCUCACUUUCCCUCCCAGGUGGGAGCAGCUGGAGGGGAAUUUGAAAAUGUUUCCAGCUGUGGUUGAGGCCAGGGGAGGCCUCCUCAGCUGGAUGCUUCCCAGAGAGGCCAGGGGAGCUAACCCAGCCAGCCCGAGCCCCCCAGGGCCUGCCCACUGACGGGGCUCCCUGAGAGCCGGAGCCUGGGAAAGCAGCAGAGAAGCUGGUUCCCCAAGGCUGGCUCUUGGCACUUCCUAGACCCAGGCAGGGCCUCUUUGGGGUGGGCAGGAGGGGCAUGUGCAGAAGAGGGGUGGUGCUUGGGCUGGGAAUGGCUGUGGAUAUGGGAGAGGGGAGAGCGGUUGGAUUCUGGUUGAUUUGUUUGCUGAUGAGCUGGACGUGCGUGUGAGGGGAAGAGGACAGGUCUCUCCCCACUCUGGAGCUCAGGAAGGCAAAACGUCUGUCCUCACAGGCCUUCCCGUAGCCUCCUCUCCUGUUAGGCGAGCAGGACAGGGCCCCCUCGACAGGCAGUGUGGAGGCAGAGGCCUCCACUGGAGGUGGGGCCACCGGAGCUUUAAAAUACAUGGCUAGAAUUUUUUGCUCAGAUGCUUCCCCAUCCCAACUGAGGAACCAUGUCUGAGUAAGACUGAGGCCAGGGUCAGUCCUUGGCAACAGAGCGCAGCAGACCAGGCUUGGAUGUAGCUCAGCCACUUUCGCUCUUCUGACAAUACCCUCCCACCACCCCGGCCUUCACGCUGGGCCUGGGCGACCUGAGGGCAGCAACUGGAUCACAGUGCCAGGCACCGAGUAGGUAUGGUUCUUAAUUCUUAAAAAGUAUUUUCCUCCCUAUUCUAUAAGAAAAGCUCAUCUCAGAAAAAGAUCAGCUCACUCACAGUCAGGUAUAAAUGAGUAACAGCAGCUUAACAUUAUUUGCACUAGGAGCAUUUCCACGUUAAAAGCGGAGACAGAGGAAUGGAGUUAGACAUGGAGGAGGCGCAGUGUAUCUGUGCCUAAAGCCAGUUGUAGUUGUGAAGUACCCUGUAAUGAGCACCACUUCCCUGUGCCACACAAACAGCCCCUCACUGAUAUGAUCAGCACUCCAGAGACGCACAGCUUCAGUUUGGGUGUCAGUGUGAAAUUCUCCCAUUUUCCUUUGCAGGGAUCUACGUGCAAGAGAUGGCCGACAUGAGCACGGCCAAGCUGUACUCGGGGCUGCUGGGGGUGGGCGACGAGAUCCUGGAGGUGAACGGGGCCAAGGUGGCGGGGCUGGGCUUGGCUCACAUUAAGGAGCUGCUGGCCCACUCAGAGAGCUUGUCAAUCCGUGUCCUGAGGCAGAGACCUGUACCACGGUAACCCAGAAGUGCCACUGCCCUCACUGCCACCGCCUCAGAAGCCCUGAGCCACUAAGGGUGGUUGGCCGGGAACGUGCUGCCGAGCUGCCCUGUGCUGGAAACACGGAUCCUGCUGGCGUCAACCCCUUGCGCUGUGGCAGGGCUUCUGUGAUGCACUGCCUUCGGGAGAGGCAAGGAGCCUGGUUGCCUAUGUGUUUUAAGGCCAUUCGUGCAGAACUAGAGAAAAAAAAAAUGGGUCUCCUUCCAUGUCUAAGAGGGUGUCAACAUCGACUUGUACCUUUGUUGGCAAGGCGGGGAGGGAGAUUCAGUGGACCCUUUGGUUGAUGCCUGAGAGGCCCACCUCCUGGUCCCACUCCCCAUCAAAGGCUACCCCAGCCUCCAACACUGUGGAACCAAAGAAAGCUCAUGUCCAUAUUGGCCUUGACCCUUCCCCUUUUCAUCUGUGUUCCUCCCUAUUCCCAUUCACUGCCUUUGCCCUUUAUCCAGAAAUGGGCAGUGUCCUGGAGUACCAGCCUUAUAGCCAUUGACAACAUAUGCCCAACUAAAAUCAGAACGUGUGGUCUGACAGUUUUAUGCCCUUUCUGGGUAUGGGAACACCUGGGAGAUGUUAUCUGGUAGCCAGAAUAUUAACCAUUUCUAAGAAAUUUUUUUUUUUGAUAUAAAGUUGGAAAAAAAAAUGAAGACCAAUUUCAGGACAUGCUACUGUAGUAGCCAGGAUCCAGCCAGUAGGACCGGCCAGACCAGCCCCAAGCUGCCCACCUGCUGCCUCUGCCCAGAUGGAGGCAGGAGUUGCUGCAGCCGGCCCUGUGCAGCCUCGUCUUAGUUCUCCUGUCCAGCUUGGAGACAGGGCUGCGGCGGUGCCUGGCCAUCACACAGCUGCACACUUUCUGCCCAGACCUCCUGGCAGUGCUGUCAGUGGGCAGGUGAGUGGCUGUGGAGAGCGUGGAUGGGCCAUCUGCCUGGGCCUCAGCACUGCCUGGACGGCUCCUCUUCGGGAGUGGAUGGCCAUGUGUCAGUCUUAACUUAUUAAAAAGCAAGGCUGAAGUUUC